GACAAAAGAGAAUCAAUUUAAAAAUCAAUAUCUUGCUUAUAUGAAAGGGCUGAUAUCUGCGCACUGUUUUACGUCAAAUGUGCCACAUAUGCCCUUUAUGAUUUUGCUAGUACUCCUUUCGGUGCAUUUCACAAUUGGUUCUGAUGAAGAACCAGAAUGCUGGUUUGAGACAAAUAGAUGGGAUGGAUUCGCCAGAAACCUCGACUCUCGCAUACCAGCAAAAAUCGAGCAAGACACCGGCAAAAAAAUAAACAUGAACGAGCCUGUCAUGGCUGUGCAGAUGGAAGAAAAGAAAGACGAAGCUUCUUACAUCUUGGUGCUGGCGCAAGUAGAGGGCGAGAAAAAAGCGCUUUGCUUCAAAGGUCAUGUGAAGGACCAACAAGUUCUCUCGAUGAAACUGGAUGACAACUGUGUGAAUUAUCUGCAAACAUGCCCAAAAUUUGGACUUCCCAAAGGAUUUAUCAGAGAAUGGAAAGCUUACAUUGCCCAGGUGGCAAAGGCUUAAAAAGGCAACGAUUAUAUCGCCAUUAUAGUAUCGUGUUAUGUGAUGAUAAAAAUAUUCCGGAUGA